AUGGCACAGACCAUCUCAAGUCUCUCAACCACUUUGCUUGAAGAUCAGGAAUUGGAGGCUCGAGCGAAGGUGGCAUUCCUGGGCUUCACAAAAAUGCGCCUUGACAUUUACGAUGGCAAAACCAUGAUCUACAAUGUCUACAACAAUCGCCCACUAGCGAGUAGCACGGUAAGCCAUCUGAAGCAGUCAAUGGUCAAAAAUGGGAUUCGGUGGUGGGAUGAACCCAUUCCUGUCCUCGUCCGACACGAUUGGAUCAACAUUGGGCAACUCAAGGCAGACUGCCACCUGCGAGAAGCCCUGCCUCUCCUGGAGCGGGCCCCGGGGGCUCAAGCCAUUAAUGAAGUGCACAUCCUCGGCGGCCAGCACAGGCUGGCCGCCCUUCAAGACUACAGAGCAGACUUACAGGAUAAGCGGGAGAAGAUACGCGAGCGACUCAAGGGCGGGGUAUCAGAAUUCGACGCUCAGGCUCUCAGGCAAAAGAGCGAUGUUGUAGAGUCCAAGAUGGAAGACAUUCUGUACUUAGCGGUAUUGGGUGUAGACCAUUCCAUUGCACGGUUCCUUUCCAGGAACUCACGCUUCUUUAACUUUGCGGAGACGGCGGACAAGCAUCUGUCGUCACAUAUCUGUCGCUUCUAUCGCAAGGGGGUCUCCCCAGGGAACAAUUUGGAGUUAGAGACUAAGCGCGCCCUUAGCUCGCUCCAUGGCAACUCACGGGCAAAGUCUCUCAUUCAAAACUGGCAGACUAUGAGCUUCUUGAUGGAGUUCUACGUAGUGCCCAUCUUUGGAGGGAUGUUCAUCGGUAUUGUGCGAACAAUGUUUGCAAACCUGUCAAACUUGGUUCAUAGCGGGAAAUUCCUCUCUGAGGGGCAGGUGAUGUGGAUCAUCUCCCUCGAAGAUGAGCCAGCGUUGUCACAUAAGCAGCAAGAGGAGCUGAAUGCUCUCAUUGAGAAAGGGGACUGGCUGCUGACGCAGGGGGAGAUCAUGUACGAACUGUUGACCCUCGAGGUCAUGACAGGCAUUGAUGACGCGUUGAUGAGCAUGCACCCGCGCUAG